AUGAACUUUCAAGACUGUGAAUAUGUAGAGUUCGGCCCGUCGACAACACAGAGGCUGGAAGAACAAAUUGCAGGUGUCGAGGCCCGUAUUCGCGGGCUAAACCCAGCCGCCCCAGUACCUUAUCCCAACCAUCAACGCUCAUCUGUACCAAGCGACAGAUCUCUUCAUCAUGAUGUUAUGCAACAACUCACGUCGAAUUUUUAUGCUCACGCGGCUCAAUUUGGUUUCUUCCUCGACAUUCCGGUUUCCUCUAGUACACUCACCCCAGCGCUUACAAGCACUAUUCAACUUUGGUCCAUCCAUCUUUCAAACUCAAAUUUUGGACAUGAGCUGGAAUCAGAAUAUCUUUCUCGAGCAGUGAGGGCAACCACUGAUGCAUUAUCGCCUCCUUCUCGGCCCCAAUCCCCUUCACCUUACGCGUUAAUCCCCACUUCCAAUCCACAAGACCAUCCUCGUAUAAUUCUCCAGGCCAUUCAGUGCCAUAUUCUCCUUGCGACAUACUUCUUUCGGAAUGCACGUCUUUUGGAAGGAAAAUACCAUCUUGGCACCGCUGUUGGUUUAGUACUCGGUGCUGGCAUGCACAGGCGAAUAUCAACGGGAAGCUCUGCCCGUAACAAUGCCUUUUGGACUGUCUACACAAUGGACUGUUGCUGGACGAGCGCCGAUGGUUCCCCAUCUAACUUCCCGCAAGACAUGCAGAGUCAGGUCGAUGUUCAUUGGCCGCAGGAAACAUCCUCCAGUCCACAUGGGCUAGGAACAAUUACAGCUUUCCUCACAAGCCGCUCGAUGUCUGGCACGUCGGCACAAGCAUUAUACGCCAAGGCAGCGAUCCUCUACGAACGCGCCUCUCGUCUUGUCAUCAGAUAUCGUCCCCAAAUGCCUCCUGAAGAGCUAAAUAACUUCUUCCUCGCAUUCACGAAUAUUGAUACUGUCAUCCAACAAUUUCGCCAAACGUUUUUCUCGCAGUCACCACAGGACCACCCCCAUUUGGUGGCACACAUCUUGACUCAUGUCGCCACCAUCCAGCUCCACAAUUUAUUCGUUGGUGACCGAGAGGCGGAAAGUUCCCGACGCCGUGUGCUUGACGCUGCUACAGGUGUCGUGCAGGCGUUGGCCACCAUCCAGCAGCUUCGACUUGACGAUGUCGACCCAAUCAUGGGAACGUUGCUGACGGCGACAGGGCAGGUUUUCUUGAUCUCACUCGCGGCCCACCGAAGUACAGUGAGAGUGUCUGGAAGACACGCAACUUGGCCAGAAAGCGGAGUAAUGCCACUCAAAGCGUCCGUGGAACGCAUUCUGGAUGUCAUGGGUCUCUUUGCAUCAAGGUCCAAAUUAAUGGAUUCGCAGCAUAAAGCAUUGCGAGAAAGUCUUGGUCGUGCGAUGCAGUCUUGA